GAACCCGCUCCUCUCUCUCUCUCUCUCUCCUGCUCAAAAACGCCAUUAUCGCCUCUGCUUAGGGCUUCCACAAUCGCGCCUUUUCCCAGUUCCACAACCCCCACCACCACCACCGAAAACCCUCCCCCGCUCGGUCCCCGAGGAACGCCUCGCGCGCCGAUUCAACUCGCUCCCCCCCCCCAUUCUCUCUCCCUCCCUCCCUCUCUCCAUUGAUCGACAGCUCUCCGCUCCGCUCCGGCCCGGCGAUACGAAGUCCCGCAGCUUCCGUCGUAGCGCGGCCACACCCAGCCGAAGCUCCCACACACUCUCCCUCCCCCCCGCACUCUGAUGGCGAAGACCAAGCCGGGAAGGAAGGACCUCGACUCCUACACCAUCAAAGGCACCAACAAAGUCGUCCGGCCUGGAGACUGCGUGCUCAUGCGCUCUCCGGAGUCCGGCAAGCCGCCUUACGUGGCGCGCGUGGAGAAGAUAGAGGCCGACCACCGCAACAACGUCAAAGUCCAUGUCCGGUGGUAUUACCGGCCGGAGGAGUCGAUCGGAGGGCGCAGGCAGUUCCACGGGGUGAAGGAGCUGUUCCUGUCGGAUCACUUUGAUGUGCAGAGUGCCCACACUAUCGAAGGGAAGUGCACGGUGCACACUUUCAAGAACUACACCAAGCUUGAGAAUGUCGGGGCAGAGGACUAUUUCUGCCGGUUUGAAUAUAAGGCCGCCACUGGAGCAUUCACUCCAGACCGAGUAGCUGUGUAUUGCAAGUGCGAGAUGCCAUAUAACCCAGAUGAUCUCAUGGUGCAAUGCGAAGGGUGCAAGGACUGGUUCCAUCCUUCUUGCAUGGGUAUGACGAUUGAAGAAGCAAAGAAGUUAGAGUACUUCUUAUGUACUGACUGUUCUGCUGAAGAUGAUGCCAAAAGAUCCAUAAAUCAGUUUCCUGUAUCACCUACAACCGAGACGAAGGUGGAGGCGAAGCGUCGGAAGAGGUGACUUGUAGACUAUAUGCGGAGAGGGCUGGUACUUAUUUUCCUGGUAUCAGCUUCAGUGUUGUUAUCCUGGUCUUGAACUGUACAGCAAAGAACACUGUGAGCAUCAAUUAGGGAUAUUUAAUUUUUUGUUUUCUUGCCAUGGUAGAUUAGAGUGCGCUGUCUUUUACAUUGCCACGUGCAUUGAAUCUGCUUGAAAAAAGUGCGUUGACUGCCCUUCAGCACAAGGAGCGAGGGAACUCAGACUAAACUCAUGCCAUACCUCGCUUUAUUGGGAUGGAUGCAGUGAAAUUGUUCAGUCUUUUUUCCGUAGUUUCUGCAUGUGGUUAAAUUGAGUGACUGCAAGCGGAUUUUUCGUUUCUUUUCCUCAAUUGUUGGUUUCACUUGUGUUUUUGUUCAUCCUCUUUGUGUCAUGUGCAAAUGUGUUGAAUUGUUGGUGAAUACCAAGUUGCAGUCUCGUUCUUGUUGC